CUUCGCUCCAGGCUGGCCCGCGCUGCAGGGGCCGGGACCCGGGCCGACCCGGGCCGAGAGUUCCCCGGUGCUCCCGUCGCUUCUGCCGCUGCACGCGCACCGCCCGCUGUGGACGAAUGGGUUCCCGCCGUUGAAUCGACCAGUCGAGAGACAGGUCUGAUGAGUACCUCGUCGGCCGGCUCAGAGAUGCAGACUCCCGCUCUCGGCCCCCAGUUCACGGCGGGGCCCCCGGGCAAGGUACCCGGCAGGAAGAGAGGGCGGCCCCCUAUCCGUAAACUGGAGUUCCAGAGUCACUACGUCGAGGCCCUGUCGCCUCUCAAGGUCCCGAAGAAGAGAGGCAGGAAGCCCGGCUUUAAGCUGAAGCCCAGGAUGGUGAUGUCCCCACUAGCUAACUCUCCUCCCAGCAGCACACCGGGACCCGAGCAGGGCUCAAUCCCACAGGAUGCUGCUAUUGUCCCCCACUCUGCCACCCCACAGGUCAUAUCAGCCGAGACGUCGAUGCCCGAUGACUUCCUGUGUGACCCGCCAGUGGACUCCAAGCGCUACGCCGUAGACCCCAGCGACUCUGCCUUCAACCUCAGGACAUCGCAGUACCCGCCAAAGCACUCCUAUGGGUACCGGGGCAGCAGCUGCUCCACCCCGAUGGGCUUGUGCAGACAAGCAUCGAGCCCAGGAAGCUUCCAGGAUGUAAACAGGAACGCUUACAGUCCCAUGCCAGACUCUGGAGAUUGCAAGCGUCCUGCUGGUAAGGACCCGUCCAGCUGGAAUGUUGAGGAGGUUGUUUGGUUCAUCAAAGACGCCGACCCCCAAGCCCUGGGACCCCACGCUGAUGCAUUCAGGAAGCACGAGAUCGACGGAGACGCUCUGCUCUUGCUGAAAAGUGAGAUGAUGAUGAAGUACCUGGGACUGAAGCUGGGACCUGCACUUAAACUCUGUUACCACGUCGACAGGCUCAAACAGAGCCGGUUGUGAUCUGCUGCUGAGGAGCCAAACCCCCGAUCACCUUUCACCAAAACCGUGGUUCUCUGAAACAUUUUCAGCCAUCAGCACGACGUCAUGAAUGCCUUUGGAUCGUGAUUUUGUUGACACAUUGGACAUGUUGACUGUACAUAUCAAGACUAAAACAGUGACAUCAUCUUCACCAUUGUUUACGGGGUAUCUAAAUGGCUUUAGAUUGUAAAUAGGUUAACUCCAGGAAGAUGGCAGCUACCGUGUAUUGGAACGUGACCUUUCCACUCUUCACGGACACUGUACCAACACCUCUGAAGACCUUCAGAGAUGGGAGCUUAACAAACAUGUAUGGCGCUUUACCUUCAUAUCAUAUUUAAACUUAAAGAAGUCUUUGUGUUCAGGCACAAUGCUGCUGCCAUUUUUAAAUAAUAGUUUUGUUAGUUAGUUUUGUUGUAAAUUGAUGAUAAUGUUCACCCAGGUAUCAGUCUGAGACACAGACUUUAACUUAUUACCGAUCUCUUAAAAUAGCAUUGAAACUAUUUUAGUUAUGUUGAAAUACUAAAACAUGAACAACUGCAUUAAAGACAAGGGAUGUAUAAAACCAGUGUAACAAAGGGAUUUGCUAACAUCCCCUUUUGCUCACAACUUUUUUUUUUGGUGCCACAAUCCACAGCAGAGUUGCAUAUAAAUUCUGCAGUGCUGAUAGUGACGGGAGGGAAAGGAGACUGAAAUAUACAGUGUUUUUAUUUUUUAACCAUGUUCUCGUGAUUUGUACAUCCUGUCACACUAGUGCUUUGAGAGAAAAGCAACUUGUAGCAAACUCAUACGGUACAACUUGGUGCUCACUCCCCUCUUAAACUUCACCGCUAAGGCUGUGUGACUCCCAAACAGAAUAUGAUUGCAUCCGAGUCAUAUUUAGCUCUGUCAAAUGAUGAUGCAAUAUUUCAUCUCUGUGACAAAGCACACAAUUAAAAUAUCUUGAGCAUGGAUAUUGACAUUUCUGGCAGCCACCCAAUACAGUUUUGUCAUAUUGAAUUGUACAAACAUCAGCUUGUGUACACAUUAUUGAUCAGUCACAUGCAGUAGAGGACACACCUGUACAACCUUUUGUUAAAUACAAUGUUUUUUUUCUAACUCUACAGUGGCCUACUCAUUACUCGCUUUAAUCGUGUGUGUUUUGCUUACAUUUUUUAAUAUUCGUCUGCAACACUUAUGUGAAUAUGUAUUUCAUAACUUUUUCGAGCAUGAGGGAGCUUUAAGAAUUAAACUUCCACCUGUUAUUUUACAAUCUAAGAACUUGAUUUAAGUUAUUUGCAGGAAAUGAGACUAGUGUGUUGCUGCAGAGGAGCCGUUUCCCAAAAACUCGAUAUUUCCAAAUGUUUUCCAAAUUUUUUUUGUGCAGAUUUAUAACCCAAAUUUAAUAAAUCUCGACUCCCUCAUGACCUUCCUUUGCUCUUCAAUAUGUUUUUAAAAGAACCCUUUUCCAGAAAAAAUAAACUUUCUUGUUCAA